AUGUGGUUCGAGAUUCUGCCCGGGAUCGGCAUCAUGGUCAUGUGCUUGAUCAUCCCUAGCAUAGCCACUGCAUACAUCCACAGGUACAGUAACGGAGGCAAGGGAAAAAUGGCUGCCUGUUAACCUUUUCAGUGGAGUUUGAUGCAAAGAGAUAGGCUUGUCUCUGGAGUUAAUCGUUACCAUGUGUCAAAGGGUUUGGAUAAUAUCAAUUAA